CGACCGACGGUCCGACUUUUGACGUUUCCUAUUGUUGCCGGAAGUGACGUUAGGGUUCUGAACCUUAGAGAAGAAGCAUUUUUAUUCCCGGUCUUUACGAUUCGCUAUAGAUUCUCCUUUUCUCACAUCAUCCCGAGCCACUUUAAGCAUCAACACUAGACAAACUUUUAAUCUGAAAUUUGCGGUCGGACUGGCUGUUGAAAUCCUCUCCGCAGAGUCAAGUUUCCUCAGCGGUCUGGACAAAUGUGGUGUGGAAUCUGCAGCGAGGAAUCGUAAAGCACCAAGGAGCCGGCUGCUUUGAAGGUCUUCCCGCGGCGCGUGGCGGGCUUUGACCCACUGUUUAAAUACCAACGGUCGACUCGAGGGGUGCGCGGAGGUGCAGGCGUCCGGCUGCAGCGAGUAGCUGCUGGAGGCUGGGCUCCGGUGGCUAUCUCUGGUCGCAUAUGCUACCUCCCUCUCUCCCGGCUGUGAGGGGCCAGAGGCCUUCGGGGCCCUCUUUGCUUGGCGGCUGCUGGGGAAGCUGGCGAGAGUGCGCCCCAGGUUAAGCAGGAGAAGAAGCCUGUCUCUGUAGCCCUUACCGAAACCACGGAAGGGAGCAAAUGACCAGAUCCAACCUGUACUUGUAUCUUACUCUUCUUCAAAAAUACUUAUUCUGCUGAUACUGAAGAGGAUGUGUUCCAAGGACAUACUUUGUUGUCAGAAAGUCCAUUAUCAGAGGAGCUUCAUUCCCAGAGGAUUCAUUAUUCAAGUUAUAAGAUAAGGAAUCUUUCUCUACCUAAAGAUCAAAGAUAGUCUUCUCUACGAUCUCCAGCAAGCCUGGUUGUCUUACAUUUUAUGUUUAGAUCUUCAACAAACCUGGAAUUAAUUUGGUAAAAGAUAUGAGGUACCAUUUACAUCAAGGGGUGAAAUAUUAGUAUUUCAAAAGCUGGAGCCGAAUGUAAUGGUAAAUAAUGGCAACAGGUGACUUAAAAAGGAGCUUACGGAACCUAGAACAAGUUCUUCGUUCACUAAAUUAUCCUCAAGAGGUGGAUUGUGUUGGUUUGGUAAAGGGAGAUACAGCAGCAUCUUUGCCCAUCAUCAGCUAUUCCCUUACCUCAUAUUCACCUUAUGUAGCAGAACUUCUAAUGGAAUCCAAUAUAGAGCUCAUAGCGAAGAAUGACUUGCGCUUUAUAGAUACCGUCUAUAAGCUUCUUCGUGAUCAAUUUAAUUAUAAACCAAUCUUGACAAAAAAGCAGUUUCUCCAGUGUGGAUUUGCAGAAUGGAAAAUUCAGAUUAUUUGUGAUAUUUUGAAUUGCGUGAUGAAAAAGCACAAGGAAUUGAGUAGUCUUGAGAAGAUUCCCUCACAACAGAGAAAGAAAGUCAGUUCUGUUAAGUCAGAACCUUCUUCAAGCACUGAGAAGACAUCUACAGAACCUGUUGGCAUUGACAUCACUGGCAGAUUUAUGACUUCAGGAAAGAAAAAAGCUGUGGUGAUCCGUCACCUGUAUAACGAAGAUGGUGUUAACAUUCCUGAAGAUACGAUAAGUACUGUAACAGAUGUUAGUGAAACAUUUGAUGUGUGUAACUUAAAGACUACUGAAAUAGAGAUUCCUGAAGUAAAGUUCCCUGAAAUCAAGUCUGAACAACAAGAUGUUCAAAUCAAUCCUGAGAUUACUGCACUACAGACUAUGCUUGUUGAAUGCCAAGAAAAGCUUCAGAAACUGACUUUGGUAGAGAGUAGAUUGGACUCUUUAGAAGAAAAAAUGAAAGGAAAAGUGAUGGUAAAUGAAAAAACGUGGACUAAUCUUCUAAGUCGUAUCACUCUUCUUGAAACAGAAAUGCUUCUGUCUAAAAAGAAUAAUGAAUAUAUAGACUUCAGUGAAAUGAAUGAAGACUACGAAUCUAGUAACGACAUGGAUAUUCUGAGUCCUGAUGGGAAAAGCAAAGAGGAGAGGCAAACAAGUAUUCCUCUAUCCUCUGGCUAUAAUACAGUGUCAUCAGAGUCAACUCCCAGAACCUCAGCUGGUAGUUUCUGUGGUUUGAAAGAGAAUUCAGAGGAAACAACAAUCCAGAAAAUGGAAAGGAUGAAAAAAAUGUUUGAAGAAACCGCAGAGUUACUGAAAUGUCCAAAUCACUAAUUAUAGAAUUUUCUGCAUCAACUUCUCUAGGACUUUAGCUACUGUACAUAUUGUAUAUUUUAAGAAUUCUCAAUAAAUUUUAAUAUGCUA